GCAAAAUUCAAAUUCAUCGGAUUCGAUUUUUCAUAUUUUUAUCGCAGAUCGUUCGUUAUUUCCACUGCGAAUUGGAAAUUCAAAUUUUUCGUUGUCGAAAAUGUCGAACGCGGAAAAUUAUAUUUGUUCUUUUAUUAGUAUUCGUUUCAUAAUUAUAUCUUAAAUUAUUAGCAAUGCCGAAUUUACUUGUGCUGAAUCGGUAAAGUCGAGAAUGACAGCGAAAAUAAAAAUUCAUUGAACGUUAGAUCUAUUCUGUGAGCUGUCUGUAAUCGAGAAAUGGAUCACUCGGUCGGUAACAUCGGUAAGAGGUUCGAGGUCACGUAGCCGCAAGUGAAAGCCACAAGUUUCUGGAAUGUCAUGUAAUCGAAGCGCAGUAUACGCCUGCGUCGAUUCCAGUUGUUAACGUUUCACGCGAUAAAGAAAUAGCUCCAAGAAUUCGUAAUACAACUUGACAAUAUAACAAAAUAUAAAAUAUCGAAUAUAAUACUUUCAUCCGUCGAAAAAAAGAAAAGAUUAAUUUAACCAUUUAAAAAGUAAAAUAACGGAAUGGAACAGUGUUUAAUACUCGAUGGGAAAAGAUCAACGAAGAAUAUAGAAACUUGUACGAGUGUAAAUAAUUUUGGUCAGGCUCGUCGAUAUUUGUGUGAUUCUCGAUUUUAGCAGUGAAGUAACGAGUCACGAUGUAAACGCGAUGCGGAUUAUGGAAUUUCACUCUUGAAAUAUUAAUUAAACGUGAUAUCGCGCGUGUUGUUGAUCUUGCGUUAUACGUUAAUUAAUCAACUUCGAUGACAGAUAGUUGGUUGGGAAGCGUAGACGAUGAUUUUCCAUUCUUCUUUCGAGACGUUUAUUUCUAUCGAACGAUAGCGCGCUCAAAAACGGAAAGAAAAUAUCGUAUCGAAAUACUUUCAAAAUCUAUUAAUCAUCGAUAAAUCGAAUCGAAUCGAAUAACGAAAAAAUAAAAUCAAUCUUUAUUUUAUAAUUAAAUACACAUCCUUAAUUCUUAUAAAUUACACUAUUGACAUUAAAAAAUAAAAUCAAAACAAAAUCAACUGGAAAUUUCUUCAUCCGAAAAAUCUCAAGACAAGGCUCAGCCGGUAAGCGAGAAAUCAAGAGAUCAUCCUUGGGAUAGGGAGGACCUGUGGUCCAAGUGCGCAGGAACGGUGAGCCAAGAGAAGGGGAAAGCCACGAUCGACGGCCACCUUCGUGGCCGCGGCUGGAUUGCGCACACGCGUGCAAUUUCCCGGGAAUCGGGUCUUUCCGGGUCUCCGACACGGUUCUUCCUCGUUCGGCUCACUCGAGUGUCCGACGCGCGACACGGCAACAGGUGACGGGUCGAGCGAUCCUUCCAAGUCUUCGUAAAAUACCACUGUCUCUGUAAUCACAAACGUGUGUCACGAUCCACGUUGUGCUCGAAUCGAUCAUCGGGUGGACGAAGAGGUUGUCUCGAUUUUUUGUUCGCUUCCACUUUUUUCGUCGUCCCGAUAUCUUCGGUUUCGAUUGGAAAGGAAUCGAAGAGAGGAAGAGAGAAAGAGAAAGAGAGAGAGAGAAAAGAAACGGAAGGAUUCAGCGAGAGAAAAUGAGCGUCGAGGACGCCAUCAAUUAUAAGCCUAGCGAGGAGGAGGAUUACUAUGCUCUGCUGUCGUGCGACGAGUCCUCGACGGUGGAACAGAUCACGGCGGAGUACAAGCUGCUGGCUCUCCAAUAUCAUCCUGACAAGAACGAAGGGGACAAAGAGGCGGAACGAAAAUUCCAGCAAUUGAAGCACGCGAAGGAGGUUCUCUGUGACCCCGAGCAGAGGAGCAAAUACGACAAAUGGAGGCACAGCGGGAUCGCCAUCAGCUAUAAACAGUGGCUCGGUUUGAAGGACAGCGUGCACCAGUCGAUGCACUGGAGCACACCGAAGACGAAGGAUCGCAUGCUGCAGGACGGUUCCGGGGAGGGGGCCGGUUCACCGGGCCACGCAGGCAGGGGUCAGUCGACGAACGCCCACAGAAGAGCGUCGGAGGGAGGGGCGAACAUCUACUACGGGGCCCGCCGCGAUCUUGGCUGGGACUCGGAGGCGCCCAGCGAGGUGGUGAACAAGUUUCGCAACUACGAGAUCUAAAAGUCGAGAGUCGAGUGGCGAUCUCUCCCCUCCUGUGCCCUCGUUACGGAGGUGGAGAGGGGGGUCUCUCUCUCCCCGUUGUGCGCGUGUGUCCAAGCAUUCUCGUGCGGUCUAACCGCAAGAACCGUGGAACGAAGACGGAUGAUGAAACGUUGACGAUCUUUCUCGAGACAACUCGCAUCUCGUGGGAUUUGUGAUCGGCCGACGAGUUCAAAUUCCGAGUUAUUGAAUUUAUCUGCUGGCUUCCAACAUUCUUUUGAUUCCAGAAUUUUUUUUUUUUUUUUUGGAAGAGAGUAGGGCAAGGGACGUAAGAUAGCGGAAGGUUUCGUAAGGGGAAAUUGUGAAUAAGCGGGGAAUGUAAGAAAAGUGAAACUCGAGGAAUGAGACGUGGGAUCGUCUCUCUGGAAGAAGGAAGGAAGAGAAAGGGAAAAGAUGAUAUAUAUAUAUAUAUAGGUUUUUUUCUUUCUUGCGAUUUCUUUGAAGAAGGGAAUCCUUUCGAGAGGGAAAUUAAAUUAAAAUAGUUGUUUCUACUAACGUAACGUUGCUCGCCAAGUGAAGAAUUCAGUCAAAGUGGUCCAGUUAUCGCGUUAUCAAUUUUCAAAUUGAAAUCAAAACUGGAAAACCGACCGAUUAACUUGGGUAAAUCUUCUUGUAUCGUCGAGUAGCUAGAGGAAAGAAAGAAAGAAAGAAAGAAAGAAAAAUAAAUAAAAAAAAAAAAGAAAAAAAAGAAAAAAAAACAGUAACUCGUUGUUUCUACUGUAUAUCGAGUACCACGAGUAUAUUCGUCAGUGUCAAAAAAAUACUCGAACAGUUUAAUCACAGUGUGAAUCGAAGAGAAAAAAGUGAGAAGAGAGGAGGAGGAGGAGGAGGAGAGCACCGAACAUAUCGAAGUAUAUUUUCGAACAUAGAUGGCUCUCGAGCGUUCGAGGCUUGGAUAAAUUGUUCGAGUAUGAUUAUUCGACUGUCGAGCAAAUCGAUGAUCGGCGCACUUGUACCUGUGUCAAACGCAAAGUUAAAUAAAUAUAUAACGUUUUUCUCUCGACCACACUUGUGAUUGUUCAAAACGAAAUAUAAUGAUAGUUCUCGCGUAUUCCUUUGCUGGUGUUGUAUUCCUUCCGUAUUUCGAUCAAUCCUUUCGCCUUUAUCCCGGAUAAAAACGAAAAAAAAAAAAAAAGAAUCGAUCGGAUUUCAUCAUCCGACGUAGACUGAAAAAAAGGGGAACAAUAACAAUAAAGAAACGGUGGAUCAAUUUUGCGACGAACAAUCCAAAAAAAAAAAAAUGUUCGAUUUUCCCCAUUUGUGAAGAUUCGCGAAUAUUUUCUCCGAAAGAUUUGAUUUGCAUACGAGCGAAAGGAUUGAACGACAUUCCUUAAUUAAUUUUCACUCUUCAUCGUUAAAUAGGAUUUCGUGUCACGACAGCGAGUUACGUAUUUACAUACGUUUUACGUUUCCUUCGUAUCUCUCUUCUUUUUUUUUUCUUCCUCGACAAUCGACCAAUUUUCGUUACAUACCUUACUUGUAUUAUCCGUAUAAUAUAACAACGCGUGUAUUAGGUGGUUGAAAAAGUUGCGUCGGUUAUUAAUUUAUUAUAUCUAAUAAUUUUUGCUCCAUUCGCUUGAUUUUUUUAAAGAUAUUUUAAGAUCCAAGGUAUUGCUUCUGGUAUCUCUUUUCUUUGGUCGUUAAGAGAAAGAGAGAAAAAAAUAUAAAAUUCGAGAGAAAAAUGCAUUCAUCGUCAUCACUUAGCGUUAAUUAGUUCUUAAUACGUAAUAAGCCCGACUACGGUUGACGAAAAAUGUAAGAAGACGUAAGAAGCGAGGAGAGAAAAAAAAAAAAGAAACUUUUGCAUCCACCUAAUAUACCGAUACCGAUAGAGCUAGCCACGGCGAAAAAGUUUUCUAAUGCACCGAGCGUCGCCACGGUCGCGUAAUUAAGGCACGUAGCCGUUUAGCAGCUAAUGAUCGGCGGCCGAAAAUAGAAGCACAGUACAGACUCGUAUGUAUGUAUGUAUGUAUGUCAAUGUGACCUUUCGAUAUUAGUUAAGUAAGGCUUCGAGGUAAAGGCCUUAAAAAAACUAUCCUGCCCCCUCGAAUUUAUUUUCAUUCCCCUCCCCCCCUCGAAUCGGAGAGCCGCCAUUGAAUCAGGAAAAUUUCGGAUCGAAACUCGUCCCCGCGAAAUAUUUCUCGAAUGCUCGAAUCGGACGGUUCGUAGAGACGUAUAUACAUAUACGUAUAUAUGUAUAUAAUCUGGAUGGAAAAGCGAGGAGUGAAGAAAGUGAGGAAAGGGUAAUCAAAAUUUAUUGUGUAUUGGAUAUAUGACCACAUCGAUGCGUAUCGAAGAACCGGAAAUGUGGCCGAUGUACCGUUGUCGAGAGCGUACACUCGAGUCCAAGUACACGCGCGCUGUCGAUCAACAGAAUCAUUUUUGAAGGAACAAUGUGGUUGCAAGCGAUCGAAAAAUAUAUAUGCAUAUAUAUAUAUAUGUGCAUAUAUAUCUAUUUUAUAAAACGAUCGAUCUAUUUUAUAAAACAAGAAUCGUUAAUGCGUGUACACGCGUUGAAACUCUUAAAGGAUCAAGAAAUCGUAUUUCGUUCUCGAGUUUCUUACGUAGAAGAAGGGAAAAAAAGGAAUCGAGAAUACUAAGCGAUAUGAAAGUGAGAGAGAGAGAGAGAAGAAAAACUCGUGGAAAGUCGAGAACGUUACGAACGAUAUACGUAGAUCUCAUCACACUACCCGUGCAUCUGUCUUCUUCAGCGAAAAAAAAAAAGAGAAAAAAAAAUAAAUAAAUAGAUAUAUAAAGGAAAGAGAGAGAGAGAGAGAGAGAAAAUGGAACGAAAAUGUAACGAAAAUGUCUUUCGAGACACCCUGUAUGUGUGUUGUUCUCACAUCUAUAUUUUUCUAGACGCGUCUCCACCUCGUGGAACACUGUACCUUCUAUCUAUUUAUUAUUUCCGCGCGAUCGACCUAUCGAUGAUAUCGUGCAUCCGGUCGGGGCCGAGGAGGAAUCUGUCGUUCGAUGAAAAGGGAUAAAAAAGACAAUGUGAACGAUUGUGACGCGGGACAUUUCACGCGCUAUACUUCUAUCUUUUUUUUUUUUGUAUUCGUACGAAAAAAACGAAAUUCCUUUCCCCUUUUUUAAUCUAUGAGGUGACGAUUUUAAAUGAAAAAAAAAGCCUCGUGAAAUAUUUUUUUUCGUUAUUCCCCUCGGUAGUUAUUCAUUUCAUUCAUCGAUGUUUUUUUUUAAAUAAGAAACGAUUUUAUAUAUACAAAUUACGAUAUGCAUAUUCGAAGAGAAAGAUAGAGAGAGAAAGAGAGAGAGUAUAGUAAAAAAGUUAUUUUUUUAAAAUGUCGGGUAACGACAGUUUCCUUUUCCCUCGUAAACGCGUGAAUCUCUGUUACGUAUAAGUAUAAAGAUAUAUAUAUAUAUACACAUGCAUAUGUAACGAAUAAGAUAAAUAUAUAUAUAUAUAUAAAUAUAAAUAUAUAUUAUAUUAUAAUCGUCACGCGCUGGACGACGCGACGAAAUGUAUCUAUGCGAUUAAAGGUUCAAUAAAUGUGUUUAAUUAAAAACA